GUAGGAAACCAUUCGCAAACUUGCGACCUAUCUAACAAAAUGAAAUACUUCCUAGUAGUUCUGGCACUGCUCGUGCCCCUGGCAUCUGCAGCCACUCUCAAGGACUCUCCAGGUUCAGAUGACAUCGCAAUUCCAGCAUUUGUUCAAACGUUCAACCAACUUCACCGUGGCCCACCGGUGCGUAUAAGCACCAAGCGUGCAAAUGUUGAGACUCGUUUGUUUAGCCAGAGUCUUGACAACUUUGACGAUACUAACCAGAAUGUGUGGAACCAACGUGUUUUGAUCAACGAAGACAACUUUGUAGAUGGUUCUCCCAUCUUCAUAUACCUCGGCGGUGAAUGGGAGAUCGAACCUAGCGCCAUUACUUCAGGACUUUGGGUUGACAUUGCUAAGGAGCAUAACGGGUCACUGAUCUACACUGAACACAGAUUCUUCGGUGAAAGUAUUCCGAUUAAGCCUUUGUCAACAAAGAACCUCAAAUAUCAAAGUGUAGAACAGGCUCUGGCCGAUGUUGUGAAUGUUAUCAAAGUCCUGAAAAAGGAGGACAAGUACAAGGACUCCAAAGUCGUGGUUUCAGGUUGCUCCUACUCUGCAUCGAUGGCAGUUUGGCUUAAGCUUUUGUACCCUAACGUAAUCGUGGGCAGUUGGGCAUCCAGCGCUCCACUAGAGGCCAAAGUGGACUUUUCUGAUUUCAUGGAAGUUGUUGGUAGAGCCUAUAGGGAACUGGCAGGAGACUAUUGCUACGACCUCAUCGAUAAUGCCACUUCCUACUAUGAGGGCUUGUUUCAGUCUGGUCAGGGCGCAGAAGCCAAGAAACUCCUUAACCUGUGCGACAGUUUCGACGAGACUGAUGAACGCGAUCAGUGGCAAAUAUUUAGCUCGAUUGCAAACAUUUUUGCAGGCCUGGCGCAGUACCAAAAACCAGAAAACUAUGACCUCGCCCAAUAUUGCUCCGUUCUGCGAAGCUUUGAUGAUGAUGAUGCUUCAGCACUAUCUCAGUUCAUACAGUGGCGUCUCGGCAGGCCAGAAUGUGUUAACACCCGAUAUCAGGGAUCUGUUGAUUAUUACAAAUGGUCCAAGAACAACUACGACGGUUCUGGCCUAGGUUGGUUCUAUCAAACCUGCAGACAAUUUGGUUGGUUCCAGUCCUCUGCAAACAGCAACCAUCCAUUCGGAUCAACUUUCCCGGCCACUCUGUAUACCGACACGUGUCACGACGUGUUUGGAUCACGUUAUACCUCAGCGAGAAUUGAAAAGUACGUACAGGCCACAAACUCCGCGUAUGGUGGCAAGGAUCCGAAUGUGGAGAAUGUUUAUAUGACUCAUGGUGGAUUGGAUGGAUGGAGCAAAGUUGGCGCUGGCCUUGCACAGGGCGCUACAAUUAUUCCCCAGGCCUCACACUGCUCCGACGCGGACUCAAUCAGUUCCAGAGACAGUUCUGCAUUGCGUGCAGCUAAGGAACGAUUGGUGGAACUAGUUCGCGAGUGGCUCGCAUAAAUUCCGGACCAGAUGAAGCUUUAGUAACAUUUAUUUGC